AUGGCUACGAAAAGCACCUCUUUCUGGGCGGUUGUGGUGACUGUAAUGUGCUGUGUAUUGUGCGUGCAAGCAGGACCACUUCCGGAGGAACAUCCAAAAGAUAGUUCCUCCGCGUCCGAGGAAGAACAAGGCCAUCCACUCAACUCUCUGUACAGUCCGGCUGAAUACGGAUCGACCGUUGGAAGUGAUGAGGCUACACUAAUGGGAACGAACAGCUCCUCCAACACUACCAAGGAGUUGUACGUGAUCAAGGCGAUUGUCUAUGAAAUUGGAAUACUUGCCGAUGUUCCUGAGAAUGAAACACUAGAGGAAGGAGAUGAACCAAUCACCCACCAGCAGGUCGAUCUGUCCUUCUUCAGCCACGGUGGUAACAAUACGCAUCUCGACCUUGGUGACAUCCCGGUACCGAUUCAAACCAGCGUACAGGGGCAAGUUUUUACCGGCAUUGCACCGGUUCACGUCGGUACGGUGCCGACCCAACUGAGUGAUCUGCUGUCAGCCCUACCGAUCGCCGGUACGGUGGUGAACAUUUCGCAAACGAACAGCUCGUACGUGGAGGUGCACAAACACAACAUUACUGAUGCGGCCAUCCUGUUGAACAGCAAGCAGGGGCUGAAUAGUUUACCAUUCGGAAGCUCGGUCAGUCAGCCACUGGUGCCGGCCAGCGUCGAUGAGACGGUCAUUGGACUGACGACUAAAACGAAACAACCGUCCGGUAGUGCGGACGAUGGGGAAAAAAAGCAUGAGUAG